UUUUUCCCGAUUUCCGUAUCGAUAGCACUGCGCAAGCGAAAGCAUCGAACAUUACUGCGCCACCUGGCGAUUAUCACAUCACUAAGCAACCACACGACACACAUACUUGCAAAUAUACGCACAUGCAUGCACGCAGGAGUUUGUUGUGUCGCGUCGCGCUAAAUUAACGAAAGGAAUGAAAAAAAUCUUAAAAAUUUCAGUGCUCACGCCUAAUGUAAUAAUUUCCAAUUGGUGAUCAAUCGUUAACUAGUGAAAAAUAUGUCCAAUUGGCUUGAAAGCGUCUUAAUUAUGAAUGAAUACAAUUGACAUUUCGAUACAUACACAAACACAUACAUGUACACAUCUUUGCGAGGGGGGCAGAACUCUGAAAAACUGGUAUAUAAAAGACGACGCCAAAUGAAAAAGACAGCGCGCGCGAGUGAGAGAGAUAAAACAGUAGUAGUAUACUGCGGGUGUUUUUUUUUUGCUAAUUGCCAAUUGCAUAGGUAAAACGAAAAUUUGCCUAAAAUCAGAAAUUCAAGUUUAUAUCUAACGUAAUGUCACAACACAAUAAUCAACCGCAUUCGCAUCAGCAUCAACAACAACAUCUUCACUACUACCAGCAGCAGCAGCAGCAUCACCUACAGCAACAACAACACCAGCAGAAUCAGCAUUUACAACAUAAACAAAUACAACAGCAGCACAGUUGGUACUCACAUGUUGCUUCCUACCCGCCCCAACAGCCGCACCCCUAUGCGACGCCCUGCAAGAGCAGCAACAAUAACAAUCACAACAACAACAACAACAAUAACAUUAUGAAUGCAUACGGAACGGGUGGGACACACUAUUACGGCGCUGCUACUACUGCUGCUGCUGCUGCGGGGGUGGGAUAUAACCUUGAAGCUAAUACUGUGGCCUAUGCGCACAACCAGCUGCUGCAAUACCAACAACAACAACAACAACAGCAGCAGCAGCAGCAGCUUGGUCAACGUUCGUAUAUGCCGCACAGCAUAAUGCACAGCUCCUAUCCUUAUAUUAAGAGCGAACCGUUGGAGCUGCCCGAUGACAGACAACGCCAUCAACAACACCAAACUCAGCAGCAAUUACAACAGCAGCAGCAGCUACAACAACAUUUUCAAAACCCGAUGGCACCGCCGCCAGCACCCGCCUCCAAUCGCCACACGCUUGAUGCCAGUGGCGAAAUGAUAAUAAAAUCGGAACCCAUUGACGAACAUGCGUUCAAGUCCAGUUAUAUUGAUGAUAAUACACCCUUUGCCGAUUUUAGCAAAUUCCCCGAAUUCGGCGAUGAAAUGCUGAGUCCCAAGGUAGAGCUAACUGUAAAGGAUGAUGCCUACGGCAGCCAAAAGAAUCCGCUCAGCUUUCCUCGCCGUAAGCUACAAACGGAACGGUCCUCGGAGAGUCUGCCUAUUUGUCAGCGUUGCAAGGAGGUGUUCUUUAAGAAACAAAUCUAUCUGCGUCAUGUGGCUGAGAGCAGCUGUACGAUACAUGAGUACGACUACAAGUGCAACAUCUGUCCCAUGUCCUUCAUGGGCGUCGAAGAUUUACAGAAGCACAAACAACUGCAUCGCACGGAUAAGUUCUUCUGCCAUAAGUACUGUGGCAAGCACUUUGACAACAUUGCCGAUUGCGAGUCGCACGAGUACAUGCAACAUGACUACGAUAGCUUUGUGUGCAACAUGUGCUCAGUAGCAUUUGCUACACGUGAACAGCUUUAUGCUCAUUUGCCGCAGCACAAGUUUCAACAGCGCUUCGAUUGUCCUAUCUGUCGGUUGUGGUAUCAAACUGCGCUAGAGUUGCACGAGCAUCGUCUAGCGGCGCCUUAUUUUUGUGGCAAAUAUUAUGCAGCGGCACAUCAGCAACAGCAACACCAACAGCAACAGCUAUCGGAGCAAAGCAACUACAAGCUGCAAGACUGCCACAUGGGCACAAUAGAGAUGACCGUGCCGCAGCAUAAAGCAUUGCCAGCCACGGCGGCUCUUAGUUCCUUACUGCAGCAGCGUCAAGCGAAUGCUGACGGUGGUGCUUCUCUCUUUUCCUCUUCCUUAAAGAAUGAGCCAAGUGUUAAGCUGGAGCGAAGCUACAGCAACUCAACCAGCGAGUCUGGAUACAGCAUGCACGAGAGCAGCGGUUACAACAAUGCAUAUGGGAGUGAUAAUUCGCUGCAUGGCAGCGGCGUUGCAAUUGGUGGACCGCAGGCACAUUCUUCCACGCUAGAUGAAUCGGAGGAUGCGCUGUGCUGUGUGCCCUUGUGUGGUGUUCGCAAAAGUACUAGCCCCACUUUGCAGUUCUUUACGUUUCCCAAGGAUGAGAAGUAUCUGCAUCAAUGGCUGCACAAUCUCAAAAUGUUUCAUAUACCUGCGUCGAGCUAUACCAGCUUUCGCAUCUGUAGCAUGCAUUUCCCCAAGCGCUGUAUAAAUCGCUAUUCGCUGUGCUAUUGGGCAGUGCCCACGUUCAAUCUGGGCCACGAUGAUGUCGCCAAUUUAUAUCAGAAUCGAGAGUUAACCAACACCUUUACCACCGGCGAGGUGGCUCGCUGCAGUAUGCCAAAUUGCACGAGCCAGCGUGGUGAAAGCAAUCUCAAGUUUUACAAUUUUCCAAAGGACAUCAAGAGCCUGAUCAAAUGGUGCCAGAACGCACGUCUGCCCGUCCAGGCCAAAGAGCCGCGUCAUUUUUGCAGUCGACACUUCGAAGAGCGUUGCAUUGGCAAAUUCCGACUGAAACCCUGGGCUGUACCUACGCUCCAUUUGGGUGCGCAGUAUGGCAAGAUUCACGAUAAUCCUAAGAAUCUGUAUGUUGAGGAGAAACGUUGUUGUCUGAACUUUUGUCGUCGCAGUCGCUCCUCCGACUUCAACAUGUCCCUUUAUCGUUUUCCCAGAGAUGAGGUACUGCUGCGUCGCUGGUGCUAUAAUUUAAGACUCGAUCCGGCCGUAUAUCGUGGAAAGAACCACAAAAUAUGCAGCGCUCACUUUAUCAAGGAAGCUCUCGGCCUUCGCAAAUUAUCGCCAGGUGCUGUACCAACACUGCAUCUGGGUCACAAUGACACCUUCAACAUAUACGAGAAUGAACUGUGGCCCCCUCCAGCACCUUCGACGCCCACACAUCAUAAUCAUCAUCAUCAACAGCAGCUACAACAGCAGCAUAUGCAGCAGCACCAAGCGCAUCAGCAGCAACAGCAGGUUCAUCACAAAUAUCAAAGACAUUCGGCUGCUUCCACUUCCUCGUCAGCCAGCUCUACAUCCCACUAUGUAGAUCCAGAGCUAAGUGCCUCCUACAUGGCCAUGGGCAUGGGCGCUGGCGCCUCAUCCUCCGGGCUGCUGAAUGCGAGCGAUAGCAUGGACGUCUGCUGCGUGCCCAGCUGUGAAAGCAAGCGGCACAACAACGAGAACAUCACAUUCCAUACCAUACCCAGGCGUCCGGAGCAAAUGCGCAAAUGGUGUCACAAUCUCCGUAUACCCGAGGACAAGAUGCAUAAGGGUAUGCGUAUAUGUAGUCUACAUUUCGAGCCCUAUUGUAUUGGCGGCUGCAUGCGCCCGUUUGCGGUGCCCACGCUACAAUUGGGCCACGACGAGGAGGACAUUCAUCGCAAUCCGGAUGUUAUAAAGAAGCUAAACAUACGUGAAACCUGCUGCGUGGCUGUUUGCAAACGCAAUCGAGAUCGUGAUCAUGCCAAUCUGCAUCGCUUUCCCAGCAAUGUGUCCCUGCUAACAAAAUGGUGUGCCAAUUUGCAGCGAACCGUUCCGGAUGGGAUUAAACUCUUCAACGAUGCUAUUUGUGAGGUGCACUUCGAGGAACGCUGCUUGCGCAACAAACGGCUGGAGAAGUGGGCAGUGCCCACUCUUAUGCUUGGCCACGAGAACAUUCCCUAUCCGCUGCCCACUCCCGAGCAGGUGGCCGAGUUCUAUGCCCGACCAUGUGCACCAAACAAUGGCGAUGAGCAGGGCGAAUGCUGUGUGGAGACCUGCAAGCGUAAUCCCAGCGUGGAUGAUAUUAAGCUCUAUCGACCGCCGGAGGAGUCGCAAGUGCUGAGUAAAUGGGCGCAUAAUCUGCAGAUUGACAUUGCUCAGCUGCCUGCCAUGCGCAUUUGCAAUCUACAUUUCGAGGCCCAUUGCAUAGGCAAGCGAAUGCGCCCAUGGGCCAUACCUACGCUCAAUCUGGCCAACAAUAUAGAAAAUCUCUUUGAGAAUCCCGAGCAGCAGAUGUUGUACAAGCGACGCACCUCCCAUCUCAGCGUGCAAAGGGAAGGAGCUGAUGGAAGCCUUAUCAAACCCACCUGGGUGCCACGCUGCUGUCUGCCGCAUUGUCGCAAGGUGCGCGCACUGCACAAUGUCCAAUUGUAUCGCUUUCCCAAACUCAAUCGAGCCACGUUGGCAAAGUGGGCGCAUAAUCUGCAAGUGCCGAUGGUUGGAAGCGCUCAGAGGCGUCUCUGCUCCGCGCACUUUGAGCCGCAUGUGCUCAGCAAGAAGUGCCCAGUGCCUUUGGCGGUGCCGACACUUGAUCUCAAUACUCCGCCCGGCUACAAGAUCUACCAGAACCCAUCUAAGAUUAAAGCAAAUAAAUUGUGUAUGCAGCGCGUUUGCAUUGUGGAGAGUUGUCGUCGGCAACGAGGCCAGGGUGUCCAGCUCUUCCGCUUGCCACACAGUCCCACCCAGCUACGCAAGUGGAUGCACAACAUACGAAUGCGCCCACGCGGAGCAAUGCGGCAACAGUAUCGCAUCUGCUCUCUCCACUUCGAGACGCACUCGUUCAAUGGCAAGCGAUUGAGCACUGGCGCCAUUCCCACUCUCGAGCUGGGCCAUCAGGACGAUGAUAUCUAUCCGAAUGAGGCACAAUCGUUCGUCGAGGAGCACUGCGCCAUCGAGGGCUGCGAUGCUUCCAAGGAGCAGCCGGAUGUGCGCCUCUUCCGAUUUCCCAACGAUGACGAGGAUCUGCUUUGGAAGUGGUGCAACAAUCUCAAAAUGAAUCCUGUUGAUUGCAUCGGCAUGCGCAUCUGCAACAGGCACUUCGAGACGGAUUGCAUCGGCCCCAAACACCUCUAUAAGUGGGCCAUACCCACUUUGAUGCUUGGGCACGACGAUGUCCAGAUUGAGCUGAUAUCAAAUCCUAAGCCUGAGGAUCGCUAUGUAGAUCCGGUGUUCAAGUGCUGUGUUCCUACCUGUGGCAAGACUCGCAAAUUCGAUGAGGUGCAAAUGAACAGUUUUCCCAAAGACUUGACACUCUUCGAGCGCUGGCGCCACAAUCUUCGACUGGAUCAUCUUAAUUUCAAGGAGCGCGAACGCUAUAAAAUUUGCAAUAUCCAUUUCGAAGACAUUUGCAUUGGCAAGACCCGCCUCAACAUAGGAUCUAUACCCACACUAGAGCUAGGUCACGACGAGACGGAAGAUCUCUACCGCGUGAAUCCCGAUGAGCUUCAGAGCAAUUUGUUUGGACGACAGCGACGCGUGAGUAUCAAACAAGAACCGGAGGAGCACUUUACUAGACAGGUGAAGUUCAAGCGAUCCCAGUCGGAGCUCAAGUGCUGUGUCGCCAGCUGUGUACGCAGUCGAUUAGAAAAUGGAGCUCGUUUGUUUCCCUUUCCCACGGGCAAGCAACAACAGACCAAGUGGCGGCACAAUCUUCGCCUCAAAGCUGACGAAGUGGAUAGGACAACUCGUGUUUGCAGCGCCCAUUUCAAUCGACGCUGCAUUGAUGGCAAACAGUUGAGAGGAUGGGCCAUGCCCACCCAGCAGCUGGGCCACCAGGAGACAAACAUCUAUGAGAAUCCCAAGAAUAUACCGGGCUUCUUUACCCCUACCUGCGCGUUGGCCCAUUGUCGUAAAAGGCGGAGCAUUGACAAUGAUUUGCGCACCUAUCGCUAUCCGCGCAGCGAGGAAUUGCUUGAGAAAUGGCGUGUAAAUCUUCGCCUCGCUCCAGAUCAGUGUCGCGGGCGCAUUUGUGCGGAUCACUUCGAGCCCAUGGUGCGUGGAAAGCUUAAGCUGAAGACAGGUGCAGUGCCUACGCUGAAUCUGGGUCACGACGAGGGUAUAGUCUUUGACAAUGAGGCUAUCAAAGUGGGUCUGCAACAAGAGGAGGAACCAGAUGGUGAAGAGGCGGCGAACAGCUUGGACUUGCUUGAUAAACUGAAGAAUGAGCCGCAAGAAGAGGAUCAGCAUAUGGCAAAUGACGAGCGGGCAGAAGAACCAGAUGAGGAAGAGGAGCAGCAGGAGCAGGAUGAAGAAGGAGAUGAGCAGCAAGAUCAGGGCUAUUUUGACCCCUUAGAGCUUGUGGAAACUUUUGCCGAACAGCACAGCGAAGAUGAACAGCUCUAUAAUGACGAAGAUGACGAUGUUGAUGAUAAUGAGGAAGAGGAAGAGGAAGAUAUUCCUGGCAACGAUGAUGAGCUGCUGCUGCCCGAUACUCUGCCCAUCCAGCUGGCACUUCCACCAAGACGUGAGAAAAGAGAGAAAGCCGUGAAUAAUGUGACGCCAAUAUGUUGCCUCAAGCAUUGUCGUAAGGAACGCACUGCUACCCAUCAGCUGAGCACCUUUGGGUUUCCCAAGGAUCAGCAACAACUGCUCAAAUGGAGCGCGAAUUUGCAACUGGAUCUAUCCGACUGCGUUGGACGUGUUUGCAUUGAACACUUCGAAGCGGAGAUGUUGGGCACACGCAAGCUCAAGCAAAACGCGGUGCCCACCUUGAAUCUGGGUCAUGCCACACCCCUCAGCUAUCGUUGCAAUGGACAAGCUUUGGGCAUCGUUGAUGCACAGCCGCAGCAGCAUUCGGUUUUUCGGCUUUGGAGCCUAAAACACUGCCGCAAAAGGAAAUCGCUGCUGACGCCGACGACGACGACGUCGACGAAUCUAGCAGCGACGACGGCUAAGCGUAGCUGCUGCCUGCCCAGUUGCGGCAAGCAAGCGGAGCUGCAUGGCGUUCAAUUAAGACGCAUGCCAAGAGAACGUUUACUGCUGCGCAAGUGGCUGCACAAUCUAAAGCUGCCCGCACACUUGAACAUCAGCCAGGCGUAUGUGUGCGAGGAGCAUUUCGAGGAGCAGGCCAUGUUGCCUACCUUGCAACUGGGCCAUACGGAUAGCAACAUUUAUCGUAGCAGCAGCAGCAGCUCAACGGCAGCUAAUGGCUGCCUGGUGCCCAGCUGUCCAUGUGCACGUCUCAAUCUCUAUCGAGGCUACGCACUGCCCGAGCAUCCCCAAGUGCAGGAAGCCUGGCUGCAGUGGCUGCAACUGCCGCCUCGUUCUCCUAACUUAUCGAGCCACGCCCAGUUGUGCGUCAUGCACUAUAUGCAGCUGUUUGAGCAGGUGCCGUUGCCGGAGAAACUACCCGAGAUGGUGCUCUGCGAGCUGCGGGAGACCUAUGAGCACAUCGCCAGUUCCACCAUGGCCAUGGCGCUGCGCUGCGCAGUGCCCGGCUGCCAAACCAAAUAUACGGACAACGUACGGCUCACUAAGUUACCCAUGUGCCAGCGUACCCGUGCCCAGUGGUUGCACAAUACAAAAAUCGACUACGACCCGGAACGCGAUUACCUCUAUCGCAUCUGCAUGCGGCACUUCGAGCCCCAUUGCCUGGGUUCAGUGCGUCCCAAGCAAUGGGCGGUGCCCACGCUACACCUCAACCACAACGAUCCGGAUAUUUAUCAGAAUCCCAAGCUGGAAGACAACACAGUCGGCAUAGCAAUCCAGCAGGGUGUACCGCUUGAAAUGCCGCUACGCAUUAAGACGGAGCUGCCGCUUUUCCUAUCUCUCAGCCCGACGGCCAGCCCGAGCGCAAGUCUGAGUCCUAGGGGUAAAAUACGCACCUGUUGCAUUUCUAGUUGCGGGCAGCAGGCCAAUGCUCUCACCCGUCUCUUUCGCUUUCCCAGUAGCGAAACUGCGCUGCUCAAAUGGCUGGUGAAUACACAGCAGCAGCCGCGUUUCGUGGAUGCGCAGCACCUGUUCGUUUGCCAGGAGCACUUCGAGCCGGAGGCCAUUUGCAAGAAGCUAUUGCGCAGCUGGGCGGUGCCGACGUUGAAACUAGGUCAUGAUGGUCACAUUAUACCCAAUGCUCGCCACAAUGGCAAUAUUGCUGACAGCCAAGAGAAUAAGCAGGCAUUGCAGUAUAUCUGGGCCAACUACUGCUCCGUUCUUACCUGUUUCCAAAAGCGCAGCGAGCAGUUGCGUCUCUUUGCCUAUCCCACGGAUCGACCCACCAUUCGCCGGUGGGCUGCCAACUGCAAGCACCGUUCUAUGCAAGCCAGCAGCGAUGGAUUUCAGGUCUGCCAGUCGCAUUUCGCGCCAGAUUGCUUUGAACCUGAGACCGGGCAACUGAAGGAGAACGCUGUGCCCACGCUUGAGCUAAGCCGACCCGUCUAUCAGAUGCGUUGCUUGGUUAAUGGAUGCAUGAAGGAGGAGGAUGCAGCGCGCCGUCGCUUAUUUAAAAUGCCGAAGCGAACAUCACAGCUGGAGGAUUGGUGUCACAAUUUGCGCAUUGAUGCGUCGUCCAUUAUCGGCCAGGAGCCGCACGUAUGUGAACGACACUUCGAAGCGCACUGUUUUAAUGCGUACAAGCUGCUACGGCCUGGUGCGCGACCCACACUUCAUUUGGGCCAUGACGACCUGUUGGAUGUGCUGCCUAAUCCGGCCAAGUGGGAGGAAGAUGCCCACGUAUGCUUUGUGCCCAGCUGUGGACGAUCGAAGGAUGUGGAUAAUGUGCAGUUAUUUGGGCUGCCAAAGCUUAGGGUUCAGCUGGAGAGAUGGCUGCAAAAUUUUCGUCUCGAUCCGAGCAAGGAGCAACUGCACGGCCGUCGCAUCUGUAGCGCACACUUCGAGCCCAGCUGCAUAGACAAUGAACGUUUACACAUAGGCGCCAUGCCUACACUCCAGCUGGGUCAUGAUGAGACGGAUAAUAUACACCAGAGUUUCAAAGAACUGCCAUCGCCGUUCCGGGGCAAGCGAAUUACAAUCAAUUGCGACUGCUGCUAUCCUCAUUGCGUGGAACUGCAAAAGAGCUAUCAAAAAAUUACCUACGAGUUGCCAGAACAGCUGCGGCUGCGCGAAAUGUGGCUGUCGUAUAUGGGAUUGGAGCAAUGUAGUCAGCAGCAGCCGCUGAAGCUCUGCCCGCUGCACUUGAUCAUGCUGUACGAGCAGUUCCCUGAGCUUUCAGCGGAAGAGCAGCUGCUGAGUACGAACUACGAAGCUUCUCGCAAAAGCAUACGCAUACGCCUAGUCAGCUGUGCUGUGCAUGGCUGCAGGACUCUAAAACCAAGGGAUGAGUGUCGCUUGCAUGCACUGCCCACGCGUCGAGAUGUGCUCGAGCUGUGGCUAGACAACUUGCAGCUAGCUUACUACGAUAAUCAGCGUUAUUUGUACCGUGUGUGUAGCAAGCACUUCGAAGCUAAUUGCCUAAUGGAGACGACGCGCCGUCUAAAGCCUUGGAGCGUGCCCACACUGGAGCUGCCAGAGCCACCAUUGCAUCAGAAUCCCACGGAGGAGCAGUGGCAGCGCAUGAAUGAGCAGCUAGCCGCGCAGCAGCUCUUAGAAUCUGAUGUUAAGCAGGAGCAUGAGCAGGUGCAGGAGCAGGAGCAGGAGCACGAGGUGCAGGAGCAGGAGCACGAGGUGCAGGAGCUGGAGCACGAGGUGCAGGAGCAGGAAGAGUCACAGCUCCAACAAGAAUCAGAGGUCAAGCAGGAGUUACAGCUCAAACAGGAGUUACAGCUGGAGCCGGUGCCACAGCCUAUGUACGAGGACGAUUAUGAUGAGCAGCAGCCACAUGAAAUGCAAGAACUGGAGGUGCUACUCGAGGUGGGACACGUAGAGAAGUGCACCACGUAUGAACAAAUGGACACAAAGUCAUCUGUGAACUAUGGCGAACAGCUGCUGCACAAUCCCUUAGCUCCGGCACAUUCUUUAGGUAGCGGUGCGAUAGUCAGCAAUGGCUCUUCUCAGUACAGUGCACGACAUUGCAGCGUGCGGGGCUGCGAUGUGACGGCGCUCGAUGUGGAUGGCAAUCUGAAGUUGCACAAGUUUCCAACUUCGAUAGAUGCUAUGGAGAAGUGGAUGCACAAUACCCAGGUGGAUGUGGACAUCAACUUCGCUUGGCGCUUUCGUAUUUGUAGCUAUCAUUUUGUCGCUGAGUGCUUCAAUGGAUCGCGCAUUAGACGUGGAGCCAUGCCUACGUUGCGUUUGGGAUCCCGACGUCCCGCGCAUAUUUACGAUAAUGAAUUCAAUGUUCAGCAGGAGCAGACGAUAGCGAAUACCGUGGAGGAGCAGCCAGUAGCGGCUGUGGACUCAAAGUUUGAUAUAAAUCUGCGCCUGCCCUGUCCCGCUCCGCCCCGCAAAUCUAGUAAAUUCUGUCAGAUCGACGGGUGCUCGAAUCAUUUGACCAGCGAAAAUUUGACUCUUCAUAAGUUCCCCCAUUCGGCGGACAUGUGUGCUAAGUGGCAACACAACACGCAGGUGCCGUUCGAUCCGGAGUAUCGUUGGCGCUAUCGCAUCUGCAGCGCACACUUUGAACCCAUCUGCUUGGGCAACAUGCGGCUGAUGCAUGGAAGUGUGCCCACCUUAAAGCUGGGUCCGCGGGCUCCCAAACAGCUCUUUGACAACGACUUUGCAGCGAUCAACUUGCGCUUGGAUAAAGAGAAGCGCAGCGAGGAAAAUUUCACUGUAAAGCAGGAGCAAGCACAGCAAUCCGAGGAUGAUGACCAAGUGCAGGAGCAGGAGCAGGAGCAAGAGGACUUAAGUAUGCUAGUGCCAGAGCUGCAGUUGCUUGAAGCUGAGGAUGAGGAGGAGGAGCAUCAGGACAAUUAUUCAAACUGCAAUAACAAUUGGAGCAUUAAACAAGAGAAGUCUAGCAACAGCAGCUACUAUAAUCCCGUCAAGUCGGGCUAUGACAAGUGCUCCCUGAUCCAUUGCCAGCGCCAGCGUUCACAGCAUGGUGUGCACAUCUAUAAAUUUCCACGUUCCCGCCAGCUGCAGCAACAUUGGAUGCAUAAUUUGCGUAUUCGAUACGACGAACGUCGUCCAUGGAAGACCAUGAUAUGCAGCGUGCACUUUGAGCCGCAGUGCAUACGACUAAGGAAGCUUCGUCCUUGGGCAGUGCCCACUGUGGAUUUGGGCGACAAUGUGCCAGAGCAACUGUACACGAACGAGCAGAGCCAGCAGCAGAUGGAGGCGGGCAGCGAAGGUGAGGGUGACGGUGAGGAUUAUGAUGUGGAAGAUACAAUGCUGGAGGACUACGUUGAUGAUUACGAAGACAAUGAGCCGGAGGUGCAGCCUGCGGAACCUCAUAUCAAACGAGAGCGCCGUUCACGCUGCGAUCCUUUGCCUCCUGGACAGUUGCCGCCAUGGAAAAUAAAGCAAUGCUGUUUACCCUACUGCCGCAGACCACGAGGCGAUGGCAUCAAACUCUUUCGACUGCCCAACAACAUUAGCGCCAUACGCAAAUGGGAGCAAGCGACAGGCAUGCGCUUCUAUGAGUCGCAACGCAACACAAAGCUCAUAUGCAGUCGUCACUUCGAUCCGCAGCUAAUAGGCGUACGUCGCCUAAUGUCUAAUGCGGUGCCGACAAGGAAUCUUGGUCCAAAUAACCCAGAGCCGGAGCUGCCGGCAAGUAGUCCGCGCUGUUGCAUCACGGAUUGCCAACACAAUGGGCUAGUCAAGCUGCAUAAGUUUCCCAGUGAUCCUUUGCUGCUGCAUCAAUGGUGCCAAGCGCUGGAUUUGCCGGAAGUACAACGCUACUCUGGUAAACACAUUUGCGCAAUCCAUCUACCAGCUAAGGCUUUUAGUUGCCUCAUAUGUGGUGUUGAGGAUGUGCAGCUGCCCAUGCAAGACUUCCCCGAGAAUCGCAAUCAGCGUGUCAAAUGGUGCUAUAAUCUUAAAAUUGAACCCAUUGCCAAAUGGGACAACACGAAACACAUCUGCUCUAAACAUUUUGAGAGUUAUUGCUUUAUACAGCCGGGUCGUCUGCUCCCGGAUGCAAUGCCUACGGUGCAUUUGAAGCACACUGAUAACAAUAUAUUUCUCAAUGAGUAUGCUAUAAAUAAGAGUAAGAUGCUCUGCAUCAAGGAUGAACCCUUGGAGAGUGAGGAUCUGAUGCUAUAACACCCGCAGCCUAAAUCGAAACUGUCAUUUUAUUGCCCAUUCAGAAAGAAGAAUACAGGAGGUCAUAUUGGGUUUGUGCAAAUUAUGUAAGAGGCAAAAGAAAGCGUUAGCAAUCCCAUUAGAUAUAAAUAUUCUUGAUCAACACGACGGCCGAGUUGUGCUCGUCAGGUCCGUCUGUAUGAGAGUUUCGAUUUUAAAUAUAGUUAUGCGUUCUUAUGGGUUUCACAGUAAUAGGUUUUAAUUUUUUGCGAUACAUCAUUAAUCACAAUACCUUAAUAUUUAUAGCAAUGAAUAAUUCGACUUGACUUUUAAGAUGUAGAGUUUCCAAAUUUGGAUUGCAGGAUCAACCAAUGAAUACGCAGGUUAUGAAUAUUCUCCUCUCGGAUUAUUCCGCCACUAUCAGAAUGGUGCUCUAAUGCAGGUCACCACAGGGUUCAGGGUAUCUAUUUCUUUGUCGGGCAAUCCCGAUCAGAUUACUCUUAGUUGUUUGGAGUAGAAGUAUCAAGUCCCCCCUGUCUAUAAGCCACUUCAUUUUAGCCUAGUAUUAGUCUCAAAUAAUUUAAAAAUACCUAAUACUUAGUUAAUAAGUAUCGCUAUCAAUGUAUUUAUGAAAGGAAGCAUCACGUCUACCCUAAAUAAUCUUAAGUAGAAACCAACCCCUUUCCUAAUCGUAAUAUA